GGUGCAGCCUCCCUGCAUCCGAGCGCGAGCAUCUUUACGCACCGACAGAGACACCGACGCACCGAGCGGACGACGGCUCCAUCAGCGGACACAUGAAGCUCCUUCCCCGGGAUUAACGGACGCUUUUCGGUGGUUCCUCCUCCUCUAUGGAUGUGAAGUAAAGCGGUGGUCGCUCAGUCGGUGUCCCGCUCCAUCUCCAUCUCUGCGCUCUUCUUCCAGCCCGGUCAGGACCGCAUCCUGCCCCGAACCACAAAAUGGCGGACAUCAUCGAGCUGGGACCGACCUACGCCAUGUCUCCGGUGCUGGCCGGCUUCCUGGGCGCUGGAGUUCUGGUUCUGGUGGUGGUGGUCCUGGUUCUGCUCUGGUCUUUCUGCCAGCGCCGCUACCUCCGCGUCACCGGCCGCUACAAGCUGCACGGAGACCGCUACUGCGACGCCGAGGACCCGCCCUACAAGUUCAUCCACAUGCUGAAGGGCAUCAGCAUUUACCCAGAAUCCCUCAGUGGCAGUAAGCGGAUCGUGCGCGGCGUCCGUCGCGCCGAGCGCGACGCCGAUCGAGGCUGCGGUGGCGCCGCCGCCGUCGGGGGCAGAGGGAUGGUCCUCGUGGACGCCGAGAACAACAUCCUGGACGUCCCAGGUCAGUUACAGAUGAGUCACCUGGUCCCGCCCGCGGGCCCCGGCGCCGCCCACGGUCAGGCCCGGCUGGAGCGGGCCCUGCCGGUCCGGGCCGACUACUGCUGCCUGGACAGCAGCUCAGCCAGCAGCAGCCAGACCAGCAGCAAGACGGCGUCCCCCUUCACGCCGGCGUCCUCGGACCCGGAGCCGGAGCCCAGUCUGGGGUCCAUCAGCCUCACCGUCGACUACAACUUCCCUAAGAAGGCGCUGGUGGUGACCAUCGUCGGGGCCCGGGGCCUCCCCGCCAUGGACGAGCAGGCGGGAAGUUCAGACCCCUACGUGAAGAUGACCAUCCUCCCGGAGAAGAAGCACAGAGUCAAGACCCGGGUUCUGAGGAAGACCCUGGACCCGCUGUUCGACGAGACCUUCACCUUCUACGGCGUGGCCUACAGCUCGCUGCCCGAGCUCACGCUCCACUUCCUGGUGCUCAGCUUCGACCGCUUCGCCCGCGACGACGUCAUCGGGGAGGCGGUGGUGCCCCUGAAGGGCGUCGACCCCAGCACGGGCCGGGUCCACCUGAGCCAGCAGAUCACCAAGAGGAACAUGCAGUGUGAGAGUCGUGGGGAGCUGCUGGCGUCUCUGUCCUACCAGCCGGUGUCUCAUCGUCUCAGCGUGGUCGUCCUCAAGGCUCGACACCUUCCAAAGAUGGACAUCACGGGCCUGUCAGCCAACCCCUACGUGAAGGUGAACGUCUUCUACGGCCGCAAGCGCAUCGCCAAGAAGAAGACCCACGUGAAGAAGUGCACGCUGAACCCGGUCUUCAACGAGUCCUUCAUCUACGACAUCCCCCCCGAGCUGCUGCCCGAGAUCUCCGUGGAGUUCCUGGUGGUCGACUUCGACCGGACCACCAAGAACGAGGUGCUGGGCCGCCUCCUGCUCGGCCUGCACAGCCCCGCCCCCUCCGGCGCCUCCCACUGGAGGGAGGUCUGCGAAAACCCCCGCCGGCAGAUCUCCAAAUGGCACAACCUGAGCGAGUACUGAAGCUGCACCCGACCCACUGAUCGGCUGGGACUCCCACCAGUGAAACCCCACUGGGAAAUAUAGACUCAGUGUACAGCACACACACACACACACACACACACACAGACACACAACCAACACACACACACUAUUGUGAUCAUAGCUAAACUCUCUCUGUCUUUAUUCUCUCUCUCUUCCACCACAUUCGCAAAGUGUAAGAAAAGAAGUUGGUGCAGCUCAGAAAGUCGAGUUGUCCUUCAGAUCCACCACGUCCAUCGCGUCUCCUCUGGCUAAACGUGUCUAGACGAGGUGGGGAGGGGAGGGAGGGAGGGGGGGAAGGAAUGCCUCAAAUAUGAUUUAAAAAAAAAAAGGACAGAGAGAUUUAAAAAAAGAAACAGAUCCCCUCUUUGCUGUUGUUGUCAUGCAGUUCAUCGCAUGUCUGUCUGAAAAGAAACAAACAAAAAAAACGUUGAGAGCUGCUGACGAGGACCCUUCAGCUCCCACAGAAGAAGAAGAAGAACAAGUCCAAAAAUCGUUUCUCAUUAACAUAUAACUCGAUGCUGAAUAUAUCCAAGUAUAAUUACUCCUCAGUAGGACCAAAUAAGAAACUGCUGCAAACCUCCUCCCUCCUGCUUUCGAUGCUCCAGCGCCCAGCGAAAGGUUUGACGUUCUGUUUGUAGUCGGCAGCAUGUUCCCUGCAGCCACUCCUCCUCCUCCUGCUCCUCCUCCUCCUGCUCCUCCUCCUCCUCCUCCUCCUCCUCCUCAUCGCUGCCGCCGCCCGUCGCUCCUGCAGCCGAAAACAGAGGAAGUCGACUUGGCGACGCAGCUACGCCCUCGGUCCGAUGUGGAUUAUAAAAAAAAAAACAAACUGUGUGAACGCCUCCUGACUUGAAACCUAGAUGAUAAUAAAUCCGCCUCCUGCUCACAGAGACUAAAAGACGCUGUAAAAAAAUGAAAACACUUGUUUGUAACAUGAGUGCAUUCUUCUAAGUUGCUUCUAAGACUCUUCACGGUGGAGCAGAGCUGAGCUGUGGAGCCCGACUCUUCCUUCAGUCAGUUAUCUGGGCUAAAAAUGAAAAGAACGUGCAAAAACAAACCUGUCGACAGCAGGGGGCGCUGCAGGGCGAGUUCUGUCUGCCCUAACUCCAUUCGUUGUUGAGUUUUUAAUCCUCUUAUGAAAACGUGAGCGAAUAAAUAGGCUUGAUUCAUUGAAAUGCAUGUUAUUGUAGAAUGUUCCCCAGAAAAAGACCAACGCUCCAUUUCUGACAGUUUCUUUCUGUUUUCCUUCCUCGACGCUACAGCUGAUUUCACAAACUACGGCUCAUGGGGUCAAAUAUUAAUGGACUCUGACAGCCCUCAUUACACUAAUGUUAGCGUCAGUCUACAUGUCUGAACAUCCCAGAGGUGUUCGGUUUUAUCGAAGGAAAGAGGCUUUUUCCUCCGAUAAAACGUCUUUUUGUCCAAGAAAAUAAAAGAACACCAACAGUAGACUUUAUAAACCUCGUAGGUUUUAGUUCUGGGGAUUUUAAGCUGUAAAGAUGUUUGAGAGAAGUCGAGCUCCAGAUGUCAAAUAUUCUGCACUUAAAAGAUUAGAAGUUUCCUUUGAAAAGACCAAAGAUAACUGGUCUAAGAAGACGUCAGCAUCCACAGCUCUCCUCUCCUCCGCCUCCUUCCCGACUCAUUUUGUACAUUUCCAUCCUCUGGACUCUCCAACAUGUCUCCCUGCGGGGCGCUAUAGUCGGCCAGCCGGUGGCGCUGUUUUAUAUUAGAUUUCUUUUCUAAAGCCGUAUGUGGUUAAUAAUCAUUUGAGUGGUGAUACACUGUGAGUUUGAAGCACAUCGUAGACCUGGUUUGGAACUUACUCCACCUUAAAUCCGACUUGGAAUCGUAGAGAAGAAAAUAUCACCUGAUCUCCAGCGUAACCCUCGGAUCCAGUUAGUGGACUAAAGCUGUGACCUGCAAAGACCGGACCACCACUAGAACCCUAGACCGGACUAGAACCUCAGACUAGACCACCACUAGAACCUUAGACACUAGUAUUUUAGACCGACCACUAGAACCUAAAACCAACAACCAAUAGAACUUUAGACCUAUUGACCAAUAGAACCUUAGACCACUGCAGACUGACCAACCAAUAGAACCUUAAACUGACCAACCAGUGGAACAUUAUACAGACUGACCAAUAGAACCAUAGACUACCGUAAACCGACCGACCAAUAGAACCUUAAACCAACCAACCAGUGGAACAUUAUACAGACUGACCAAUAGAACCUUAAACCAACCACCCAAUAGACCUUUAGACCUAUUGACCAGUAGAACCUUAGACCACUGCAGACUGACCAACCCAUAGAACCUUACACUGACUGACCAAUAGAACCCUAAACCAACCAACCACUAGAACCGUAGACCGGUCAACUAAUGGAACGUUAAACAGACCGACCAGUAGAACCUGAGACCACCGUAGACCCACCAACCAACAGACCCUGAAACAGACGGACCACUAGAACCACCAGAACGACUGUAGAUUUGUACAGAUGUGAAGAUGUUUGCCGGUUUCUUCCCGUCCGAUGUCGUCGGAGCUUUCAUGUGUUUGAGCGCCCCCUGCUGUAGAACCUGGAUGCUAACCUCUGUGUUGGGUUUGUUAACACUUCAUUGGACGUGCAAAUAAAAACAUGUUACCCAU